AUGAAUGCCUUCACAAAUAUCUCAACAUUAACUUACCUCCAGAUUUAUUAUGGUGAAAAUAUUCACGUAAUCGAUAAUAAAUAUCAGUCUCAUAUAAGUAAAAUAGCUGAAUUUAUUUAUGAUUUGAAUAGUAGAACAAAAGUUAUGAGAAUAGGAUAUAAUCUUUUAAGGCAGGACAAGUAUGUGGUAUUUGUAUCUACCAGAGCAAUAAUGGCUAGAGAGUUAGUAGAAAAAACACUUAAGUUGUCUAAAACUGAUAAUUCACCUGUUAAAGCCUAUGCAUACUAUGGAGACAUAGAUAGGAAAUAG